UGCUCCGCUCUGACAGAGAGGCUGACGGUCUGCAGGGCUCAGCAAUUGUCCACUUGCCGGGUUAUUUUCUAGCAACAACUUAGACACACUUAGAUGCACAGAUCCUGGUGACACAACACGUCCUCUGUGUCUCUAUGACAAGACCUGGACGCAGCUGACAGACACACAUCAGUCUAUCUGUCCAGUCCCGCUCCUCGGCACGGGCAGCUGCUCGAACUGGCCCCAUCGUCCGCUAAGGCUCAGAUCCCGACAGCAUUCCCGUGCUUUUUCAGAACUCAUUUUUUCCGGUGUUUUUCCCAAACACGCCAAGCGGAAAAGAAAGCUCUCCGACAGCCAAAGCAAGCCGGAUUUGAGGACGAAGCUCGAGCCGUGAGAAAAUCCUCUUUCGGGGUCUGACUGUUCCCUAGUUUUUGCCUACCGAGGGAUCCCCGUCCCCCCUCCUGCCAAGCACGCGCGCCCACAGAUUGGCUCCAUCCUCUUUCCUGCCCUGAAUAUCCUCCCCGCGGCUGUGCCUGCGUGCUGACCUCCGGCCGACCAUGUGGGAGUUCCGGUCCAUGUUGUUCUGGCGGGCGGUGUUCGCCGAGUUCUUCGGCACCAUGUUCUUCGUGUUCUUCGGGCUGGGCGCCGCCCUGCGCUGGACCUCCGGCCCCUACAACGUGCUGCACAUCGCCUUCUGCUUCGGGCUGGCGGCCGCCACGCUCAUCCAGUCCAUCGGCCACAUCAGCGGCGGCCACAUCAACCCGGCCGUCACCUUCGCCUACCUGAUCGGCUCCCAGAUGUCCCUGUUCCGCGCCGUCUUCUACAUCGCCGCGCAGCUGCUGGGUGCCGUGUCUGGAGCCGCCGUGCUCUAUGGGGUCACGCCCACCAACGUGCGGGGAAACCUGGCGCUCAACACGCUCCACCCCGGCGUGAGUCUGGGCAUGGCCACCACAGUGGAGAUCUUCCUCACCGUGCAGCUGGUCGUGUGCGUCUUCGCCGUGACGGACGAUCGCCGCAACGGCCGCCUGGGGUCCGCCGCCCUCGCCAUCGGCUUCUCCGUCACCCUGGGGCACCUGCUGGGGAUGUACUACACCGGGGCUGGAAUGAACCCGGCGCGCUCCUUCGCUCCGGCUGUGCUGGUCCGGAACUUCGUCAACCACUGGGUGUACUGGGUCGGCCCCAUGAUAGGGGGCGCCAUCGGGGCGCUGGUGUACGACUUCCUGCUCUUCCCCCGGAUGAGGGGUCUUUCUGAGAGACUGGCCACGCUGAAGGGCAGCCGCCCCUCGGAGGCUGACGGUCAGCAGGACUCGCGCACAGAGCCCAUAGAGCUGAAGACACAGGCGCUAUAAAGACAAGGACAGGCGGCGCACUGACCCCCUUCCCCUUUCUCCUCCCCUCCUCAUCCCAACAAACACACAUUCGCACAAUGACCUCUCGCUCACCCCUGACCUUUAACCUUCCCCGCACACACUCGCCAGACAAGCCCCCAGCCGCACUGCCGCCUCCCUGGCCUCGGCGCUCGAGAGCCUGGACUGACCGUGGAACCAACCCCCACCCCACCCCUGGUCUCGUCCUGGCCUGGAGGGCAGGAGCGGCCGCGAGGAAGAAGAGGAGCCGUCGCGGACGCGCGCCAUCGCGCCCCCCUCCUCCGGCCGGGGGCGCGCGUCCCGGUCCCGAGAUCCCCAGCGCCGAGGACCCCGCGGGCGUCCCUCCCCCUCAUUCGGGUGUCAUUGUGGUUUUCCGAAACUGGUCUUCCGAUGCAGUGGCACGACGAGGGAUGGACGCUGCCAUGAGCGUUUCCUUUUCUUGUUUUGUGGUGCGUUUUUCUCCUGGCGCUUCGCUCUCGCCGGUCUCUCCCGUGCCGUGUCAGCACGCUUUGUUUUAAAGCAGAAAAAACGAAACACGCCUCUCCGUGAUUGCGCUGAACUGCAGUUUUGAAGCUUUUUUUAAAAAUGAAAUGACGCACGACCGACUUUUUCUCUUCGUUGUAGACGCUAAUUAACCAAUUUUCUAUAUUGCGCCUUUUCACUGUGAGCACCUUUCAAGCUUGAAGGAUUCACUCGGCUUGAGCCGAGUUUCUCACUCGGCAUUGCCUCAGGUGAGAGCAAAUCCCCUUCCCGCGGUAACAGAAGCCACGGAAAAACCAGAAAAGCCCAAACGGUCUUUUAACUGAGGCUGUCCUAUGUCCUGAUACUGAAAUGGAUUUCCAAAUACCCCUCUUGGCGGCUGGGCAGAAUUGUGGGUGCUGUUCCUUUUCUUAAAAUGUCCCUCAUAUUUGUGCUAUUGUUUUAUUUUUCCUUUUGCCCCAGGGGACACGAAGUUCAAGUUAAGUCUUUAUAGCGUGUGAGCAGGCGGAUUGAUUUGCCUUUGUGUUUCCCGUAGCAACAGGUUGGCUGGAAAAGUAGAUCUGGCUUUUCGGGGCCACAGAAGAAGUAGGCUCCUCUGUUGCUGUCGGCCUUGUGUGUGUGUGUGUGUUGCGGAGUGGGUGCUUGAUGGUGCAGUGGUUUCACGCUUCGGAGUUUCAGUAGGGAUCUGGGGAACAGGAGAAGGAGAGGGGGUCGUGUGUUUUUUUUGGGGGGUUGUUUCGGAGGGUUGUUUUUCCUUUCCACUUCUUGUUUGUCCCCUUGGCUCAGGUUCCUGAACGUUUUUUUAAAGCAGGAGUGAAUCCUGACGUCAUUUCUGGAGUGACGUAGUUCCUAAUCAGGUGUUCUGUGUACGUUUGAGUACGUUGUGUUGAUUUUUGAACAGGGUGAGUUUCACACCUGCGACUCGACCCUCCCACUCCUCUCCCUGCCCUGCCCUUCAUCCCCUCUACCCCCCUCCCCUCCUCUUCCUCCACCUGUGUCGCAGACACUGCUGAUGUGUCCUGUGCUUGGGUUGGUGUACAGGAUUCCAACCAGGGACCUCCUUCACCUAUUAACAGUAGGUUGGCUGACCCCCUCCUGCCUGCUGGGGCUCGGCGAUCGUGAAGGGCAGAGGCCCAGACAGGCCCAGGGGAACGUGCUCCCCAUCUGAGUCGCCACCCAGACCCCCAAAUCCUAGAAUCCAUGUGCCCUGCAUGGCCUUAAUCACUGCUUCAGGUGCUAACUCGUCGAUCAUCUAAUUAAGCACCAUCUAAUUAACCCACGCGACAUGGUACAGUGUGCACGUGGGGGGGCAGCUGGGCUUAUUAAGGUGAUCGGAGCCGAUACCUGGUAUCUGCAUGGAAACGAGUCUCCCCAACAGCCUGUGGCCAUGUUUCCCUAAAAGGGGGUGAGACCUGAGGGGGGGGUCGCUAUACACUGGAACAGAGUUUCCAGUUUCCCUAUUUCAGACCUGUACCCCAAGAGCACCCCUCUUUAUUUGGGGGUCGCUUUGGAGAAUUUCCAUUUGUUUCUGCUUUUUUUUAUUUUUUACAGUUUCUUUGGUAGGUUUUUGCAAAGCAGAACAGAAAUACACGUUUACAUGCUUGUGUUUGCUGUCCGUAAUUAUUGCAGGUACUGAGAGUAUUAUACUAUGACAGUUACUAGUACUAUUAUAUAUUUAUAUCUUCUUGUUUGUUUUCUUUAACAUCUUUUCAACAGUUGUUUUUUUUAAAGAUCCUCUUCUAGCCUUGCUUUAAAAGAUGUUUACUUGCUGCUUAGGUUCUUGGUGAAACUGCUGACAUUGCUGCUUUUCCUUUUUAAAUCUGUUUUAAAAGCUUUUGCGAUAGCUGUGACCAUUAGUAAACACGUCAGGGUCCGAGCACACUUGUAACGUUUUGAGAAUCUCUCCACGUGCAUUGGCUGUGAAACAGUGCCACCUAGCGUCUGCACUCGCCGCUGCAGCUGGCUGGCACUGUCUGACGCAGUUUGGAAGCGUUAAUACUUUGGAGUUGUAUUUCGGGAAAUUCGCAGGAAAGAGAUAUUGUACUCAGUUUGUAUUUGGCUAGUUGAUUCCUUCCUUACACCACCCCUCGUACCCGUACCCCGUAGAAAAAUAAAAUGCUUUUAUAAAUAAAUAUGUACCAAGAAAUGAACAAUAAAAAGUUAAAACCCUUGUAAGACAUUCGUGCUCUCAUCAAUUGCAACCCAACAGCCCAUGAUGAAGUGUAAGAAACCACCACUCGCGUCAGACCCCCCUCUGACAG